AUGGAUAGUCAAAAGUUGCAUAUUCACCACGUAUUGCUUUGCUUAUUCAAAAAAGGUGAAAAUACUACGGUAACAUGUAAAAUCAUUUGUGGAGUUAAUGGUGAAGAUGCAGUAGGUCAAUUAACAGUUCGAAGAUGGUUUUCAAAAUUUAAACAUGUUGAGUUCAGCUUAGAAGAUGACAGUCGCUGUGGAAGACCCUCAACUGUAGACGACGAUAGUUUGAAGGUAACCAUUGAAGAAAACAAGAACAUUAUGGCUAGAGAACUUGCAGAGAAGUUGAAAGUUCCCAAAAGUACCGUUCACGAACAUUUAGUGAAAAUUGGGUAUGCUUCUCACAAAAUGUCAGAAUAA